GGUGGAUUGAACGCCAAGAUGCAGAUUUUCGUCAAAACCCUCACGGGGAAGACUAUAACCCUCGAGGUGGGUACUUCGGGCUUGUGAUGGAGCGCUUCUUGCCUUUAGGUUUACUAGUGGAGCAUGUAUUUAACAAGCUAGCUGGCUAGGUAGCUAACAUUUAUAUUAGUCUAGAGUGCGUUAUUAUAGCAAUCAGUCAGCCGUGAACACUUGCAGGUUAACUGAUAUUUAUUGGAAGGUAGCUGGAACUUGCCAACUUGGUGAUCGUUUUUAAAAAAAAAAUUCUUCUGAACUGCUAACUAUUUGGCUAACGUUACAGUAGUUAGCUACAUUUUGAUAGCAUGGCCCUGCGUGUACACGUGUAAAUGACGAGGUCAGCUCGGCUAACUAUUUUAGCUAUAUAAAAACAUCCGUCUGUUAAUGUAACUUUACAUAUGAUAAGUGAUAUGUUAUUGCCGUUUGGCUGGUAACAAAUUGAAGUGAAUCACUAUCCUUGAAAGAUUUCUUGUUAGCCACGUUACUGUUUCACAACUGACAGGUUCUGUUAUUUCCAGGUUGAGCCUUCAGAUACCAUUGAAAAUGUCAAGGCUAAGAUUCAAGACAAAGAAGGUAAUUACAUAAUGUUUAAUGUCAUCCUUUGAAUUGCAUAUAAGAUAGCAUUGAUGUUGGCUGUCUGAAAGACUGAACUCAAUGCACUUGGGUCUCCCUCCAGGUAUCCCUCCUGAUCAGCAGAGGUUGAUCUUCGCUGGUAAGCAGCUGGAGGAUGGACGCACACUGUCUGACUACAACAUUCAGAAGGUGAGAACAUUUUAGCCUCCCUAAACAUUUGACAACACUACACUUUAGUAAAGGUGUUGCAGGAAGUAGAUUACAUCACGUAAGUGCACAACACACAAUUCCCUUAGACCAGUUUUUCUCAGUACGGUCCACCCGAAUACCCGACCCCAUGUCCCGGUCCAAAAUGUGAACUUUUCCCUCUGGUCGGAUUCUGGUUGAUUGUCAUCAGUGUAACUACAGCUGGUGGACCUGACCACUGCUUUGCAUAGCCUAUAGCAUUAUUGACUUUCAGAAGGCCUAGCCAAAUUAUAAAGACCUAUUUGUUAACCAGAAGAGCAACUUGGCUGAAAUAUUUUUUUUAUCUCUGGUCUAGUCUAACGGGUACAGUUCUAGGUCUGGUUGUCGUUGGGUCUCAUUGUUCUCGGGUCUGGGUCCCUCCAUUUCUUUUUAUGAUCGGGUCUGAUAGUCCGGCCGGGUCCAACUUUUUGGACCCCGAGAAGAUCUCUAGUUCUCAGCCUUUAACCUCCCAAGGCACACUAAGAUGUUUUUUUUGUCAUUUAUCUGAUCACAUUUAAAAGUAAUUCAUAUUCAGUUAAUGUUCAAAGUACGCUAUUUCAUAAUGUUUUAAUGCAACGUAUUUGAGUUAUUAUUGGUGGUAGGUUAGAGAAUUAAUCGUUUCUCAGCAUUGACUCAUUGUAUUGAUAUUUUGUUUCUGGGUGGUUUUGUUAAUUCUAUGGUGAAUAAUACUUUUUUUGACAUUUUAGUCAUUUAGCAGACGCUCAUAUCCAGAGCGACUUACAAUUAGUGAGUGCAUACAUUUUUCAUACUGGCCCCCUUAUGUUUAUUUGGGAACAGUCUGAGUAAUUUUGUAUUCUUAGUUUUUCAUAUGCAGUGUUGACCAUUGAAGCCAUAGCCAUUUGUUGUCUGUUUGGCUGAACUGUUGCUUUUUCCUGCAGGAGUCCACUCUGCACUUGGUGCUGAGACUGCGUGGGGGUGCCAAGAAGAGGAAGAAGAAGUCCUACACCACUCCCAAGAAGAACAAGCACAAGAGGAAGAAGGUCAAGCUCGCAGUUCUCAAGUACUACAAGGUAAGGCAUUUCCUUUAUUGUGGAUUACAGCUAGAUUCAAUUAAUCAUAAUAUAAAUUUUGGUAGUUGGCUGUUUUGGCUGUGACCACUACCAUAUAUCUAGUGAUUGGCGCCAACUAUUAUUUUGUAGACAUUUGUUACUUUCGGAGUGAAACAGGGACAUAAUACUACCUGAACUUGUCCAAUAACAAGCUCAUUUUUGGCCAAUGAUUAAAAUGAAUAUUCAGACUUCCUGUGGUGUCAAGAAUUCCUCGUCAAUGAGGCCGUUCAUAAAAAAGACCACACUUUGGUUUUCUGUUGCAAAACCUUUGCUAUGUUGUCCUACUGAACACAGCCACUGUCUUGUUUCGUUGCUGUACUUAUGGUCUCCUCAGGUUGACGAAAACGGAAAGAUCCACCGUCUGCGUCGUGAGUGCCCAGCUGAUGAGUGUGGAGCUGGCGUGUUUAUGGCCAGCCACUUCGAUAGGCACUACUGUGGAAAGUGCUGCCUCACCUACUGCUUCAACAAACCCGAGGACAAGUAA